AUGAAAGUAAGCGUCUGCGACAGAGAGAGUCUGUCGGAAGCCAGAAAUGGCAAGUCAUCAUCCAAAUGCGAUGGCCGGCUAACUUCAUUGCAUGGAAUUCAUUGGAGAGUGUGUUCAACACAUAGACGUCUGCGACAGAGAGAGUCUGUCGGAAGCCAGAAAUGGCAAGUCAUCAUCCAAAUGCGAUGGCCGGUCUUAUGUGAAGAACAACUCGCUUUAACGAUUGUCUUAUUUGUUAAAUUAAAACAAAUUACUACAAUUUUUUUUUAUUUUCUACUCUCUGGCAAGCUUAUAAUGAAAAACGUAAAGAAGUCCUCGCGUGGUAUAACGCAGCAAGAAAGCCACAUCAACUGGAUUUUGGCCUGCAUUGAUCCAACUCCGAUCGCAUUCUUUAGACACAUAUUCCCAUCACAUAGAGUUCAAGCAAUCAGCAAAUAUCAUAAUGUGUUCAACUUGGCCAUAGGUCAAACAGAAGUUGCGGAUGAAUCAAAAAUGCUACAAGACUGGGAUGCAGAAGAAAACUGCGGUAUGCCUAGAUGCUGGCUUUUGAUGAAUGUGCAAGUGGAACACGAGAAAGAACACAUUGAUAACGAAGAUAACGAGGAUGAUAAUAAAGAGAAUGGAAGAUUAGAUGAUGAAGACUAUGAUGAAGAACAUACUUUCAAUUCUGAUCAUGGUCCGGAAGGAUGGGAUAUUGCAGUAGAGUCAUUACAUGUUAGUAAUACAGAGCACGAAAUUAUUGGAAAAACCAAAAAACUGCUUAAACUGACUUUGGUCCAGUUCGGAGAGAUUCCUUUACAAACAGAAAAAUCACGCAUUCGUGCGGAUGGAGUAGGUUAUAUGAACGAUGCCACCAAUUAUCCUCUCGUUUGUGGCGAGGGAACAAGGCCCAGGGCUUCCAGAAAGAAGCAAGAUGAAGACGAUAUAAAGAAUGCUGUUAGCAUGGUCCGUCUUUACAAUAAUAUCAUUAUUGCGGAAGCAAGUGCUCGACAUCAAUUGUUUGCUGAUUUGCGAAUUUAUGGAUUGACAGCCUACAAAACUGAAGUAUCGUUGACAAUGCUCGACUUUCGUGGUAUGGAUUGUGAUAUGAAGUUUUAA